UGCUCCAGCCGAAUUCAGCGCCACCUUGCAGGGGAAACACCACGAUGUGUUCUCGGUAUCGCCCUCUAGUGGCAUUCUCCUUCCCAUAGGAUCUGAAGGCACCCAGAUAGAGCUUGGGUUUACCCCGCGGACGUACGGAAGGAACUAUGAAGCUAAAUUAACUGUAGAGACUGACAGCAUGCAAUGGUUCUACAAGGUCGUUGGUAUGCUACCAGACUACUCUGCCCCACACGGAGAGUCGGAGUACAAGCGUUCAC